GUUUUGAUUGGCUUGUUGUGGACGUCGGUGUUCGGUAAUAUAAGUUAAAAAGUUAAAUGAGUAACUUAAAACUAUGUUUCAAACACCUAAAAGGAAUAAAUUGGCAUCUAGGGAAGAUAAUAGUUUAGCAUUAACGCCGGAUGAUUUCGUAUUGAGGUCGAAAUCGACGAAUGUAGCAGACAAAGGAAGUGGUUCUGGGGAGUCUAGACGAGGAAGGCCCAAUGCUAAUUUAUUAAAUAUACUCAUUACGGAAGGUUCUACGUCUCCUAGUUCCAUCAAAUGCACGUUCUGCGGAAGGGUUUUCCCGAGAGAUAAGUCCCUGCAAGCACAUUUAAGGACGCACACAGGCGAGAAACCUUACGUUUGCGACUAUCCUAGAUGCGCUAGAAAAUUCGCCCAAUCAGGCCAAUUAAAAACGCACCAAAGACUGCACACCGGCGAAAAACCAUUCGCCUGUACAGCCACGAAUUGUAAUAGGAGAUUCACCCAUGCUAAUAGACACUGCCCUGAUCAUCCAGAUCACAGUCUUAAGAGGCUAAACUCCAAGCCCGAGCCCACCGUGAAUAAAAAGUACGAUGAUGCCCACAAUGCCGAGAUAGUAGAAUGGUUCAAGAACAGGAGAAGUCGAUCGUUGGACGCCACCAGCGACGAAAACUUGGACACGACUCCCAAGAAAUCGAUGUUCAACGAAUCGGGCUACAGCAGCAACAGCUCCCCAUACUACUCCAGCUGUUCCAAAGCCGAGGACAUCGAAAACUCCCCCAAAUCCGAAUUGGACUACUUCGAGAGCGCCAGUUUCAACAACUCGAAUAGCUCCGAAUUCGACGCGCACGGGAUAUCACCCAAGAGCACCCCGUCGGAGCUGCCCAAGAAGAGGUGGUUGCGCGAAGCCGUCCAGAACCAGACCCAAUGGGACUCGACGAAUGACUUGGCUCGGCCGAUCAAUUGGGGAGACGAGAACUGCCCGGAGAGCGAGAAGAAGGCCGACAGCACGCCGCAGAAGCAGACCCGGCCUACUGUGCUCGUGUGCAUCCAAGGCGGCAAAAGCAAAGAGAUCUCUAGUGAAGAAAUCCAAGGGGCUAUGGCGUUAGUAGAACUUAAAAAUAGUGUCAACUAUAGGAUCUAGGGAUGGUCGAUGAGAUUCGUAAGAAUAAUUUGUUUGCCUACAAUUAGAUAAUUCGGUUGGGCUUCAGUAGAUAAAUUUUCUAAUGAUUACCAUACAUUUAAAGAAUUAACGACUAAUUCUAAUUUACGUGAAAUCCUAAAUAGAAAUUACGGAAUGUAUAUUUGUCUAUAUAUAUUUGCACUUAAUUUAAACGAAUAGGAAAAUUAAAAAUUCUCAAAGAUUAGAGUACCCUCUCCGCUAGCCACAGUACUAAUUAUUAUUAUGGAGAUUGGAGAUGGUACUCUAAAUUUCCUAAAAAAUUCUAAUAACUAAGUUAGUUUAAAGAUUUACUAACAUUCGUGUUUUGCUUAGUUAUUGGAGAACUUAAUUAAUGUUACAACAGAGUUUUUUAAUGACAGACAUCUUUGAACAAGUAUUAUGGAUAAUGAUACGUUAUUUUCUUAUUUAUACUAAUUUUAUUUAUAUAUUUUUGAAACCAGCUACCUGAGUGUAAGUCUGCAAAUUUUUUAAUUAAAUUUGAUUCCAAAAGUUGGAAUUCAAUAACUAGGAAACGGAAAUCCUACAAUAUUAUAUUUCAUAAUAAUCGAAUAAUUCAAAAUUUAUUGAUAUUGAUGCGAAUAAAAUAUUUUUAUAAAACCCAAAGUCGAUAUUUCCGAUUUGUUUGAGGCAAGGUUUGUUAAAUAGCAAACUUUUGUAAACUUUAAAAUCCCGUUUCUUUUGUUAAACGAGCAUUCUUAAAGUGUUUUUAUCAAUUAUGAAAUAACUGGAGUAGGAUUCUUCAUAUGUAAAUUAGUCGAUAGGUCUUUCUUUGAAUAAGAAUAAAAAUUCGAUUUAGUUUUAUUAUACGCUUAUAACUAACAUUAUAAACAAAUAUAAUAUAUUCUGGUGUUUCGGUUGAAAGAUUUUCAAAAAGCUGCGUUUGCAGACCAAUUAUAAUACGCACGUACGCCAAAUAAAUUAUAGUUUAAGAUCACAAAAUGUUAAAUUUCUUGCCUUCGUUUCGAGCAGGAUAUUUGGAAUCAAAAAACAUUGUUCUUUAAAUCAGUUCGAUUUCAACUCGAGUACACUUCCGAAUAUUCUGUGAAUGUUUUUCAUUUUCUCUUUCUUGAAGUGGAAUCUUGCAGCUAACGAAUACACGGAUUGAUUUAAUUCUAUUUAUAAAUUUUGUUAAAUUAGUUCUGUAGCUAAGUUAAAUUUUUCGAAAAGGUAAUGAAUAUUAUAAUUUUAAUUUUUUUUAGAGAAGCACCGUACAUUUUGAAAAAAAACUUUACAAUACUACCGGUUUUUGAGUGUUUCUAACAUUUUACAUUAAUUUUUUUAACUUUUUUAUAUGCUUAUUCGACAUAAUUUUUGGAUUCACCGUGUCGGAUUUUUAUGAAUGUUUUUAAAAUACUAUGUAUUUGUUAUUAAAAAAAAUCGUUGUAUAACAAGUAAUUUUUGAUGUGUUUUAGAUUGUGGCGUCAUAUUUUUGUUAAAUUAUUGGAAAUUUUAUAAUAAACCAAACAAACACAUCGUUUUCACUUUACUGAAAUUUAUGUAAAAUUUUGAUGCUAUUUUCUGCAGUUACAAAACAUUUCUGUGAUUCUUUUUAAAAUUUCAUUAUACGGAAACUUUAAAUAACUUCAUGCUAAUGCACGACUGUUAUUUGGAGUGGUAUAUCCUAUUUUUCCUUGUUGUAUGUUAUGUUUUAGAAUAUUUACUUUAUUAUUUCUUCAUAUUUUAACUUGUAAUCAGCUUAUGUGAAUAAAAUAUUUAUGUUCACUCACUUAAGUUUCAAAAAUUGUGAUGAUUGGGA